AUGAAGUUUUCCAUCAUCAGCGGCGCUUCCACGCUCUUCUGCAUCUUAGCGCCAUUGAAAGCUUUUGUAAUAGCGCCAGUGCGAGCUCUAUUACCAAAUCUAUUAGCAGCGCCUGACCCGAACCGAGAAUUCAUUUUUCAGUGCCCAGAUGGGAAAAGAUUCACAAAAUUUGAACUCAUGCAAGUAAUUCUGGAAGCCAGACACUUUAUGAAUAUCAACACAGAAGACGAUCAAUAUCCUCAACAAUAUAGUCAUCUUGAGUACGACAUUCCCGGAGAACUAUGGUAUAAUCCUGUGGCAGAGGGCCCACCUCCACAUUAUUUUGUUAUAUUCAACUUAGAAAAUCAAAUAGCGGGCUUAAUGAGGCGCACUCUUGUUGAAAAUGACAUCGAUAUCUUAGAACCUUGUGAUUUCAUGCAAGUGAUUGUUCCCCAACACAUUCUCUUGAUAUGUAUUGAUAUGGCUAACAAUAUUGUUAGAUAUUUGACUAGAUGA